AUGGCGUCGACAUCGCAGGAAGCUGAAAAGAAGAAGAAGCCCAGCGCUCUUCGGUCCGUCAUUGCCGGAUCGACAGCUGGAGCUAUCGAGAUCGUUGCCAAAACCCGGUCACAGCUCAACCGAAGGUUAGCAGCUGGCGAGAAGCUACCAUGGCCUCCGUUUGGCAAGCAGUGGUAUGCCGGUUGCACCACCCUGAUUAUUGGAAACUCGGCCAAGGCUGGAAUCCGAUUCGUUGCGUUUGAUCAGUACAAGGCACUCCUUGCCGAUGAGACUGGCAAGCUAUCAGGACCUCGAACUGUCCUUGCGGGUUUCGGCGCUGGUGUGACAGAGUCGUUGCUAGCUGUGACUCCUACAGAGAGUAUCAAGACGACACUAAUCGACGACCGAAAGCUCCCCAAGCCCCGAAUGCGCGGCUUCCUCGACGCCAUCCCCAUCAUCGCCCGUGAGCGAGGUUUCCGCGGCUUCUUCCAAGGCUUCGUCCCCACGACAGCCCGUCAAGCCGCCAACAGUGCCACGCGCUUCGGUUCCUACACCUUCCUGAAGCAACUCGCCGAGUCCUACACAGCACCUGGAGAGAAGCUCGGCGCCGUGGGAACCUUUGCGACGGGUGGUCUGGCUGGUCUCAUCACCGUGUACGUGACGCAGCCUCUCGACACCAUCAAGACGCGAAUGCAGAGUAUUGAGGCGCGCAACAUGUAUGGCAACUCGUUCAAGUGCGCGAGCAUCAUCUUCAAGCAGGAGGGUGUUUUGACAUUUUGGAGCGGUGCGUUACCACGACUUGCGAGAUUGGUCAUGAGUGGUGGUAUUGUGUUUACGCUGUAUGAGCAGAGCAUUUCGUUCAUGGAAAAGGUGGAUCCAGAGGGGAGAUAUAUUUAA